ACUCAAUCUGUGCAGGAGGAGCACGUCAGGCAAUGCAUUGAAGAACAGCGCCACAUGACGAAGUGUCAAAUUUACUUAACAGCAAAUUCCUUUCUGUGGAGUGGAACUGAAUAUAUGAAAAGGAUCUCUUUGCUUCAAUGUGUGUGACAGAGGAGUCUGGUGUUUUCCAUUGUCAAACACGUACCAGAUGACCAUCCUUGUGUCAACCCUGAUUCAGAGCAAAGCUAAGUUGCAGGUAAAGUGUCUGUGUGUGCUUAUGUUCCUGAGCUUCCCUCUGACUAUGGCUGAGGUCCCUGGUCCAUGCAGACACUCCAUCACUAGGGAGCACCUGCUGACAGUCAGGCAUCUGAUGGAUAACCAGUUGAGAAGUGGGUGCUCGAUAACCUACACAUUCAUAGAACGGAGAAGUUUGAGCAAAUGUUGCUUUGUAAAAGCUGCUUUACCCUGGAUCCUGGAGCUGCUCACCACCCACUUCAAAUAUAGUCGGGGCUCAGUCAAUGACGGCUACGUUCAAUCCCUGAGAGCGCUCAUUCUCAACAUCUACUCUCAGAAAUGUGUGCCUCAGAUUAAUGAAGAGGUUGAGGAUAAGCCAGAGAGUUUUGAGAUGCUCUAUAGAGGGUCUCCUUCAGAGGCACUGCAGAGGGCUUCGGAGGUGCUGUCUGUUUACUGGGAGCUGGUGACGACGAGCGAUGGACCAGUAGACUGGAGAUGCCAGCAUGAAUACACAGAAACCUUUGGCUCUACCACAGAGCUAUCCACAGAGUCAACCACACAACAUUUUACAGACAGUCAUGGUCGGAACUCAGAGAAGGCCUCGCACAGGAGACCAGUCAGAGACCUGUACAAGCUUGGCUUCAUCAUCGCCUCUGUCUGCGGAGGACUGCUGUUCAUACUUACUCUCUACUGUCUCAUCACACAAAAGGGUGAUUUUGAUCACGACAGUCACUUUCAGCAUUCAAUCACACUAGAGCUCCAUACAAGUGGUGAGUUAAUGGCAAACAAAUGGCUCUCUUUUAGUGAUGCUUUCAAGUUAGUAUGGGAUGACUGUUCUCAGUACAAUGACUACUUUGGGGCUCUUUUUUUCUUCUGUGUUGUAUUGCCAGAUAAGCUGUUGUAUAUGGGAUGUAAGUACUGCAGUUAGCUAAAUGCAUGCACUUAGUUAGUCAGAAGCUGGUUUCUCAAACACAGGUUUUGAUUACAGCUUAAAUCCGACUUCAAAUUGAUAUUUAAGUUUUCAGCAGGCUGGUAGGAUCAGUGAAACACCAACCAGUAAUUAGUAGACAAACAAGGAAUAUGCAACAGGUAGAGAGGGCAACAUUGGACAUCAGUGAGUCUCUGUGUUUUGGACACCAAAAAUCAAUCAAAUUUUGCUGUUGAUUCAUUUAAAUGAGGAAGGGGGAGAGAUACAGUCGCUUCCUGUCGUGAAUUGAUCGUGUCUUGUUCAGAGUGCAAUGCAAUUGAGCUUUUAACUGCCAAAUAACAAGACGAGACAGCUUGCAAGAGCAGGUGGGAUUGACAGUCAUUCGAGGAAGUAUUUAAAGUUUAUAUACUUAUUUAACUGAACGCAUGCAGUAACAAAAUACACACAGCAGAGUAAGAGGCACGCUGCAUGGCUGACAGUGAAUGCACAGACAUUGAUAGAGGAUAAUCACAAAAGUGUUUGAUGAGGUGCAUAAUUCUCCACUUGUGGAAUUCUACUAGUCUGCUGGCCAUGCUUUCUCCUGUAUCUACCCUGCUCACUUUAUUUCCUGCCUCGCCUGCUUUUUGUCAGCAUAUGGUAAACUCUAAGCACUGAACCGACUUUAAUUAACUUUAAUUAACAUCAUCUGUGUGCUCUGUGAAAUUGUGUGACUACAGGAGCAUGCAAGGGCCUAAAACGCUGUAUGAGGAAGUGGACAACAUUGGAAAUUACACGUUAUGUGGGGAAGAUGCAUUUCUGUGAAUAUUCUGUUUAAAAAGCUGCAGAAUCAGCACGGUUGUGCAGCAUUUUAUUUUCACCAUGAAGCCUGGAUUGGAAAACAUUAUUAAUUGCUUUGCUACCUCAAAUAAUAUCCAAUGGUGUUUAUACAUGCAUACAUACAAUUGUUUUUUAAUCACAGUCAGCUGAAUGGGCUGUGUAAUUACAGUAUGCAGCUGGCCUGUGAUAUUUUCUCAGUAUAUGUGCAAAAAAGAAAUCCUGCAAAGUCAAAAAAGUAGUCCAUUUAGUUGAACUCAGUGUCCCAUGCAAAGACAGAUGGUCAAACAUUUUCUAGGCUUUGCUGUAAUGUAUGGGUUUUAACAAGUUGAACCCUGUGAGUGUUUAUCGCUAUAAUUUGGCUGUAAACUACAAACUGUCUCUGACACAUGCCAGCUCUGUUCACCUGCACACCUAUUGGGCAAUAUGGCAGUGUUGAUAUCAAAGCUUUACUGGAGGAAGCAUAUAACUGCAUGAAGGUCCAAACAGGAGCCAAACAUACGGCUCUUUUUAGGAUCUGUAGCCAAACAAACAGUCUCUUUUGAAAGACCUGAAAUUCCCAUCACUACUGCACAGUUUCCCUGCAGUGGGAAGCAGUGUGUCAAAAUCAAAGCAAAGUGCAACACUGAAAAUACAAAGGCCUUCAAAAGAUAGAUUCAUUUUGGCAGGGAUCCUCAAAAAACUGACCUGUGACCCACUCUAGCUUUGCUUUGUCUACAGGGGAGAGACAAUAUAAUGUAAACAUCUCAUUGCCAAGGACUUUAAAGUGAUUCUCCACCCAGAAUGUAUCUUUUGCCUGUGAAAUGCUCACCUACUGUAAAUUUGGAAAGUGGCUGUUUUUUAGUUUACUCAGUCAAGGAGAAGAUAGUCUGUGGUGCAGCUUGGAAUCACAGAAGUUACAAUGGAUACCAAUAUUCAAUAUGUUCCAAUUCUCUCAUAUUUUUUCACCAACAUAUAGCUAAAUACAGUUGUUUUUGGUCUCAAUUUUUGCACACAACCCUGUCAGUCGCCUGCCUCCUGCUCUGUCAUCAGUCAGAACUCUAGCUUAUUGUUUGAAAAUGAUUUACUUACUUCAAAAUUUAAGAAAUGAGAUGUGUGUCUGUUACUUUGCCGGUCACCCUGUAGUUUCAUUCCAUAAAGUAUUUUCUUUC